AUGGAGCCUGAUGGGACAACAAAGUCCAACAAGACACUGGUGACAGAGUUUGUGCUGCAGGGGUUCUCAGAGAACCCUGCACUGAGGCUGCCACUGCUGGGCUGUUUUCUGGCACUCUACAUCAUAGCUCUCAGUGGUAACAUUGUGAUCAUCACAGUUGUGGGCUGUAGUGCUGGCCUCCACAGCCCCAUGUACUUCUUCUUAUUCAACCUGGCCAGCAUGGAUAUUAUCUGCACCUCCACGAUCCUGCCCAAGGUUCUGGAGGGCCUGGCUUCACAGGAACACACUAUCUCCUACUCAGGCUGCAUGGCCCAGCUCUUCUUCCUCAUCUGGUCAGCAUCCUCCGAGCUGCUGCUGCUCUCAGUCAUGGCCUUUGACCGCUAUGUGGCCAUCUGCCGCCCACUGCACUACCGCACAAUCAUGAGCCCGCAGGUAUGUGCAGCAUUUGCUGCCGGGGUGUGGGCUAUCUGUGCCCUGAAUGCCUCUGUCCACACGGGUCUGAUGGCACAGUUGACCUUCUGUGGCCCCCGUGUCAUCACACACUUCUUCUGUGAGAUCCCCCCACUGCUGCUGCUCUCCUGCAGCCCCACGCGAGUGAACAGCAUCAUGACUCUCCUGGCUGAUGGGUUCUAUGGCCUCACCAACUUCAUGCUCAUCCUGGCCUCCUAUGGCUGCAUCGUGGCCAGCAUCCUGCGCAUGCGCUCUCGGGAGGGCAAGAGUCGUGCCUUCUCCACCUGCUCCUCCCACCUCAUCGUGGUCUCUGUGUACUACACAGCCGUGUUCUGUGCCUACAUCAGCCCGGCCUCCAGCUACAGCCCUGAAAGAAGCAAAGUGGCUGGGGUGCUAUACACGGUGCUGAGCCCCACUCUGAACCCCCUGAUCUACACGCUCCGGAAUGGAGAGGUCCAGUGUGCCCUGGGAAAGCUCCUGCCCUUCUGCCAAAGGUGA